AUGGGACGGAACAAGACGGCGAAGAAGGACCGAGGGUACGUCACCGCGAGCGAGUGGGCGGCCGAGGGCGGCGGCGGUGGGAGGGAUCGCGGCGCGGACGCGCCGUUUCGACGAUUGCCGUUUCACUGCUGCGCAAUCUCGUUUCUGCCGUUUAAAAACGCGGUGUGCGCGCCGGAUGGGACGGUGAUGGACAUCUCGAACGCGGUGCCGUACGUGAUGAAACAUAAGAAGCACCCCGUGAGCGGUGAGGCGCUGGCGGUGAAGGAUUUGGUGCGGUUGAAUUGGUACAAGAAUAAAGACGGCGAGUACGAGUGCCCGGUGCUGAAUAAGACGUUUACGGACGCGACGCGGAUAUGCGCGGUGAAGACGACUGGAAACGUGUAUUGCACCGAUGCGAUCGAAGAGUUGUGCUUUAAGACGAAGAACUGGAAGGAUUUGUUGACGGAUGAGGCGUUUAAGAGAAGCGACGUGGUGACGCUGCAGGACCCGUUGGAUUUGAAGGCGCGAACGUUGGAUAACUUUGAUCACGUGAAACGCGGGUUAGACGUGAAGGGAUUGGGGAAAGAAGGACAAGGAGACGAUGGAAGCAUCAACAAGACGCAGGUGAGCGAAGACAUGCGUCGUGUGUUGGCGUCGCUCGGGAGCGAGGAGGCGGCAAAAAUCGGCGCGCGAGGCGGGAGUUCGGCGGCGGCGCAGGCGCAGGAGGCUAAAGAUGCGGAGGAGAAUAAGAAGCACGGGAUCGAAACCAAGCCAGACACAGUCGACAACAGUCACUUGCUGCGAGGACCCGCUGCGAUGGGGUUCACGUCGACGACGAUGGAGGCGCACACAAAGAACCAUCGCGCCGAGGAAAUCGUGUGGUACAAUCCGACGAAGAAGGGAUACGUUCGAUUACACACAAACUUUGGUGAUUUGAACAUCGAGCUGCAUUGCGACAAGACGCCGAGAACGUGCGAAAAUUUCAUCACGCUCGCAGAAAAGGGAUUUUACGACGGAGUCAAGUUUCACCGAAGCAUUAAAAGAUUCAUGCUUCAGGGUGGCGAUCCCACGGGCACUGGAAGAGGCGGACACUGCAUAUGGGGCGAGAAGUUUGCGGAUGAAAUCAAGGGCAACCCUCAUAGACACGACGAACGCGGCGUGUUGAGCAUGGCAAACAGCGGCAAGAACACGAAUGGUUCGCAAUUUUUCAUCACGUACAAUGCUGCGCCGCAUUUGGACAACAAGCACACGGUGUUCGGACGCGUCGUGGGCGGGAUGGAAACUCUCGCGCGUAUCGAAGAGGUUGAAUGCGACGCCGCCGAUCGUCCUUUGAAGACGAUUAAAAUCACUUCAUGCACGAUUUUCACCAAUCCAUACGACGAACUGCGCGAAGAAGACGACAAGAAGGAACGCGCAGAAGCGGAAGCCAAAGCCAAGGCGGCAGACGUCAAGAAUGGCACCGGUCAAGCGCUAGCGAAGGACGCCUCGGCAUUACCAGCGGCUAAAGCAUCCGAUGGCGUGGGAAAAUACGUCGCCUCGGCAUCCACGAGUGCGCCGGCUGCGAGCGCGCCGCCGCCGAAGAAGGCGAAGACGGGCGGUUUCGGCAACUUUGAUGCGUGGUAG